CUAGGAGUCGCCCUCUACCUUCUUUCCAAAGAGAAGAUAGCCUAGAAAACAGUCCUGGCUCUUAUGGAGGGUUGUAAAUCUAAAGGGCUUGAGAGUACUGCGUGAAUCCUACGCUCUGUUAUGUUUGUGCGUGACUGGGUGAUCAAUGCCCUCAUGACUCGUAACACCAGCCACAGCCGUAGCAUCGUUCAAAAACCCCCACAUAUUACUCAAAGGCAUCUUCUGCAGAUCUGGCUCCCACACCGGAAGAUAAUAAAAUAGAACAGUGCGCAUUUUGCAAUUUUAUGUUUGACUAAGUCCAUUAUAUAGUCCUGGGUCGUGUCGGGGAGUAUAGACAACACAGUACAUAUCAAUAUCUAACCUAUGCCCUCCGGAGAACAGUAAUGAUGUUUUGCUUUGGUUUUAGAGCACUGACAGCGAUAGAGAGGCUGUAUCAACUUAAGCUCCUUUUGUCCCUUGAUGUCUCGUUCAUAACGCUGGAAGCCCUCCUGCAGACUCUGUGCUGUGAUGAUCUGAUCAUCCGCCUUCCUCGCUUUAGGGGUGUUAUUAGGAUAUUGCAGGAGGUCCAGUGUACUGUCCCGAAUGACAGGAGAUAAAGAGUUAAUGCAAGGUUUUCUCCGUUGUGUCUCCGCAUCAGAGUCAGCUGUAAGGUAUAGAUUUGCGGGGUUAUUCUUAGCUGAUGUAGUCUGUAGCUCAAUUUCAAUCUCUCCGGUCCGCAAUAGGCAUGACCGGUUUGAAUCUUCUGUGGCCCAAAAGAUGCUUGUAUCGGUCUGUGACUGCGUAUCAUGUGAAGCAGCAUCCGCUCUCUCCUCCAUUUUGGGCGCGCAAAGGUCUUCACUCCAGCUUAGGUUUCUGAUUAUGUGUGUAAGAUCAGUAAAAUGACUGUCGAUCUGCUGUGCUAGCUUUGUGAAAAGCAGUUGUAGCUGAUUAGUCCCCUUCAUAGUGGAGUUUGCACGCUAGCAUUUCACUGAAUCAGAGGAGUAGGUCUAAAGCAGUUGUUUGCUGCCGUAGUCGGUCAGGCCCACUUCGUAGAGGAGAGUUAUAUCGGAUUUCUUCCCAUCUGGUUUAUACACAGAGUUAAUCCCAAGGAUCCUAGGAUUCCAUGACCAGUGUUACAGUAUAAAUUUUGGCAAAAAUCUCAGAAAGAGAGAAGUAUAAUAUAGCUAUAAGCAGGAGCUAUAAGAAAAUGCGUCUGUCCUCAAGGCCAGCUGGCUCCGCCCCCUGACAUACUAAUUUAAAUAAUUUUGAUUCUAACCAUAUGUGUACUGACUACAAAGUUAUUUUAAAUGUGUUUUUCUAAAUUAGCCCAUUGAAAGUCGAAGUUUAUAUUAAUGAUACUAAUGAUUUUCCAUUGAAAAUAAAAAUUAAACAACGUCAUUAAUUUUAGUUUUGCUGAGAUCUAUCCUCAAAUUCACGCUGAUCUAUCUGUCCUUUCAGAGAAUGAGGUGGAUGGAGAAACAAUAGAGUGUGGCCUCACUGAGAACAUGAUAUCAUACUUAUUUGAAGAUUCAUUUAAAAAAACAGGCCAAAUUCAACAAAUUAAUACGGGAGAUGAAGGAGGUGGUAACAAUAACUCUAGAACCAGUGCCACCAGAAUGCUAUCAGCAGCUUUCAACUACAGAAAUAAAUGCAACAAGUGGGAGACUGCCUGCUGGUUUUGUCAUUCCACCAUUUCCCAGAGAUCUUCAGACCAGACUCGAUAACAAAGAAACAUGUCAGAAAUCCUCCAAAGAUAGACACAGAAUCAUUAGAGUUCUCCAUGAAGCUAUGAUAGAACACACAUUGAGAUUCUUAGAGCCAAAUGUGGUUUUAAUUCAGUCUUUCAGCAUACUUGGCACCAAUCCCUCAAGCAAAAAUUCAAAGCAGAGCGUGCACCUCUGGUUCUUGACAAAGAGGUAAGAAAGAGCAAGGAGAAGUUUGGGCACAAGAGGGUGAGACUAUCGGAAGAAACUUCAGGAGCCUGUCAGAGAACUAUGUCAGGGGAGAUCACGGUCAUUGGUGAGGAUGCAUCUUCUAUUGAGAGUCAUGUGAAUGUCUUGCAUAUUCAGUAUAACAAGAUGAGACCAGACACCUUGGUUGUCAAUUACCGAAUGCAGCGAACUUUUGCAUGGCGGAGAAGGGAGAUAAGAGAUGGAAUGACCGUGGAGGACAUACUUAAGAAAUACCCUUUCUUAAAAACACCCUCAGGGCUGUGUGAUGAAGUUAACCGAAUCCAUUCAUCAACUGUCAACUUAGGCCAGCGCUUUAAGGAGGGCUUUACCAGUAUUGUGCCAAAGGUGCUUGAGCUUGUUCAAAGAAAUAUUCCCUUGGCCAAAAUCUACAAAGAAGCACGAGAAGAGAUGCUUGCAGAAGAUCUUCCAGAUUCUGACUUCCGUGCAGCACUGAUUCUAUUGCCCUACAUCUUUAAAGAGAGAGUUGAGAACUUCAUCACACUGGGAGAGUGUAAUGCUGAUACUCCAUACCCAACCAUACAGUUGGUAAAAACUGAUUGGAAAAUGGCUUUCUCUAGGAGAGUUCACGUCCUUGUCAAAGUAGAUGGUCUUGAGGUGUGCAGAGGAAUAGGAGUUGAAGAAGGGAUAAUUGCAGCAUUCAGCACUUACUUUGUUUUCAACUUGGCUUACCCACCCUACAUGAAAAAUACACUGUCCUUCCUGCAGCAUGCUAUAGCAAAGAUUACUGAGGUGGGUGAAAAGCCCCUUCCAAUAACUGUUUCCCAAAUAAUUAAUAUCCUGUGCUGAAUAUGCCACGACCAUAUAGAUGCCCAAGGUGUAGAAGAACAACCUUCACCUUAAUGAAACUAAUACAACAUGUUGGUCUGGUUCACAACCAUGAACCCAAUUUCAACAUCACUUGUGGAUUGAAUGACUGCAAAUCAUCUUUUACAGUAUAUAAGUCUUUCAGGCGUCAUGUCUAUCGCAAACAUAGGAAGCUUGUGCAACCUCAUGAUGAUAAGGAUGAUGCUGAAUACAUGGACUAUAAUUUGGAGAACAUAGACUAUCACAAUGAUCUGGAGAAUAAUAGUGAUCUACAGCCUAGGACCGAGGAAAUGCAUCCACCUAGUAGGAAUGAGCUUUUAAUAAAUUUUAAUGAAAAUUUCUUUAGUUUCAUACU